CUUGGGCCAGGAUUCCUAACCGGAGAGGGCCUCAGCCCCGCACCCCUCCAUCACACGCACACCAACACCGCUCUUGAUGCACAGAAAGAAUGAAAUAUCCAAGGAAAAGUCGAGGUGGAAAGGACUUUACAACCUCCGGACCACUUGGUUUCUAAACAGACGUUGGAGUGCCUACUGCAUGCGAGGAGCCGGGAAGGGGGGGGGGGGCGGAAUAGAACCCACAGGUCCCUGCCUUCUUGGGGCUUAUGUGCCAGACUAAAACGGGCAAACAAGACGACGUUAGGCAGCUAUCGUGCUGUGAUUGAAUAAGAAAAGGGCCUUGAUGGGCUGCAAGGAGAUCUGAAGAAGUGCCAUUUUUGCUGAGACCGGAACCUAAGGAGUGAGCCAGGAAAGGCUCUGAAGGAAGGUUAUGCAAGGCAGGAGUGGCCAAUGCAAGGGUGGGAAUGGCCGUGGUGGGAGAGAGAAACAUCAUUGUUGGGGCUGAGAGAAAAGGGAGACUGGGGAGGAGAGGUCAGGAUGAAGACAGAGUCUGAUUGUGUGCGGUGACUUUCUUGCUGUGUAAGCAGGUACACCUGCUGGUCUGCUCGGACUGUUCCCUUUUUCGAAAAGCGGGGAUGAUAAAAGUUCCCAUUUCAGUGGAUUGUCACAGCAGUUGCUCCAUUACGAUGGGUGGGUAACUUAUAAUCCAUCCACCGGGCAAGAAGGCUUUGUUGAGCAUCUACUUUGUGUCAGACCCCUUGUCAGCACCGCGUGGAAGGUCAAAAAGCACUGGCUCCUACCAUACCCACUUCCCUCACGCUCCCACCCCUCUUCCUGCUUUCUUGUUUUCUUCGGAGGGCUUCACUCCUGCGACUUCCGCACCGCUCUCUCGUUCCAGGCACUGAUCUCCAGUUUGUCCUGCAGGCAGUAACUGGAACCGGGCUUCCCACCGAGUUCGCUCCUUAACUGAACCGCAGCCGGGCGGGCCGGGCCUCAACCCCGGCGGAGUCGCGGCGAGGAGCCUCUUUGACCUGGGAAAGGCCCGUGUGCUUUUCCCAGUUAGGACGCCGACUCCGCCUUAGGCGGGAAUGGCUGCUGCAGUGUCUGUCCGCACCAUACUUGCCUCUAAAAACACAAACCAUCCAGGGGUCCCGAGAGCAAACGCCAGCCCCAUCCCCAAGUCAAAUGACGGAAGAAACGUCAGAUCCUUCCAGUUCUCACAGCCGAGGCUAGAUCUCGGCCGGAAGUGGGGGGCCUGAGGCGGAAGGGGUGGGGCCGGGAGCCCCUUCCGGCGACUGCGCCACGUCCGAGGAGGCUGUAGGCGAGCGGUGACAGAUCGCCGGGUCGGAGCUGGACGCGAUGGCGGACUGGGCUCGGGCUCAGAGCCCUGGUGCUGUGGAAGAGAUUCUAGACCGAGAGAACAAGCGGAUGGCUGACAGCUUGGCCUCCAAGGUCACCAGGCUCAAAUCGGACUCAGAUUUCACAAGUAUGACGGGCCUACUCACAGGGAGUGUGAAGCGGUUUUCCACAAUGGCGCGAUCUGGGCGAGACAACCGGAAGCUUCUUUGUGGUAUGGCUGUGGGCCUGAUUGUGGCCUUCUUCAUCCUCUCCUACCUCCUGUCGAGGGCAAGGACGUGAGCCAGUGGGAGCUGGCUUCAGUGGCUGCCUGGGGAAACCAGGAUCUUCCUCUGUCUGGUGUUUUGGGCUCCAGAGAACUUGUUUACAAAAUACUCCUUUGAAAUGAUGAUCAUGGCUUAGGAAUCUUCUUCCUGCGUGGUUGGGAGCCUCUAACCCAGUGAGCCCAUGUUAGCUGGUUCUAUGUGUGCAAGGGCCCUAUCCCUAUGGGGUAGCCAAGGCCCAGCUCCCUCUGCCACCUUGGGCUCUAGAAGCCCCAGCAGUGUUGAGUCCAAGCAGAGCAUCUGGGAAUCCUGGACACGGCCACCUGUGAGCAGCAGUCCUUUCCUCGGCCCUCAAGGUUCUGAACAUCUCAAGGCUCCUCUACGCUGUCUUGGUCUGGAUGAGGCUGUGUCUGAUAUUUGAGUUGCCUGGAGCUGACACAGGAAGGGGGUGUGGCUGUGAAGCUCAAAUCAUUGCUGUCACCUCCAACUGAGUGUCCUCAGCCCGGAGAUUGCAGUUUCUCUAGCCAGGGCUGCUGGUCAUCCGUGACCCAGUGAGAUUCAAAGGUCCUGCUGAACGUCCUCUUCCUGCCCUCCAAUCCCACGACUGAAACCAGACCCUCAGGGAUGGGCAGGGGGAUGUGGAUGGAGGAAGGAUCUGUAGCCUUGGCUGAAGACUUGGGAUCCAGAUCCUGGCAAUUUCCCAGCCAUGUAUCUAGGAGCAGAAGCUAAUGUUUUCAUGGGAUUCAGGAUCUACCCAGCACCAGAGAUCUGUUUCCAGGAGGCUAGAUCUCUAGAAACAGGUCCAUCUGAUGCUUAAGUCAGGCAAGGUGUGAAGCAGGGCUUUUACGGGUGUAGGCAGGAGGUUUCUGGAUAAUGACUUUUUUUUAGGACCUAUAGGUCACUUUUUGAGGGUUCGUGGGCAGUUUCCACUAAGCUAACCCUAACCCAGCAGUGUCUGCCCACCUCUCCUUGGGCCCUCAGUGUCCACUUGGUCAGUCCCCUGCUCAUAUGAACUGAACUAACAGGCCCAGCCAAACCAGUGGCUUCUUUGUACCAAACCAGUGGCUUCUUUGUACCUCACUGUGAGUCCCCAGUAUCCUUGUCUUUCCAUAAAAAACACUUGUAAGAAACAAGUCAUUGGCUCUGUGUCUUUCCUGGUUCCUGCUCCCAUCCUCUUAGUUACGCACCUGACUCUCUGAGGGCUGUUGGCUCACUGUGCAGCUACCCGCACACUCAUGCCAUGUGUGGUGCAUCAGCUCUGCUCGCCCACCUUGUUCUCUUCUCUGGCCAUGUGGACCUCGCCUUCUGGCCCUGCCACUCCUGCUCCUUUUCCUCCUGCUCUCCCUUGUUCUCUGCCUAGCAGGUCUGGCCUCUCCUGACACUUGCCAUGGAGCCCUUUUCUCCACUGCAGUUGGCUGGGCCCUUGGCUUCCUGAGUGGUCUGCUUGACUGUUCCCCUCCCUCCGGUGUGUGCUUCUCAGCCAGUAAGGUUGGCUACUUGCCUCUGUGUCCCUGGGGCUUGGGUGUUUCUCUGUCCUCCUUGACAUUCCUUCACAGGCCCCUGUGGUCAUGCCUUGAUCCCCGUUCUUCUGUAUACCACAGCUUUGGCUUUGCUCUCUGCCCAUCUCACAGUGAACCUAGUCAUAGGGACAUGUCCACUGGUCACCAUGCUCAAAGCUACUACCCAUAUAUAUCUGGUCACUGCAGGAGCAGCAGAUACCCCCAGACCUGAACUCCGUGGCCCCUGCCUUUUCUGGGUCUGCUAACCUUGCUUCCUGAGAAAGUGGCUCAGCCAGGGCAGCCUUCCUGCCUCUGGCCUGCUCCAAAGCAGACCAGGAAUUUGGAGUUCGUGUUUCAGGGUGGUCUUUUCUGAGGAAAGUGAAAGUUGCUCAGUCGUGUCUGACUCUUUGUGACUCCAUGUACUGUAGUUCAUGGAAUUCUCCGAACAAUACUGGAGUGGGUAGCCUUUCCCUUCUCCAGGGAAUCUUCCCAUCCCAUCCCAGGACUCCUGCAUUGCAGGCAGAUUCUUUACCAACUGAGCUGUCAGUGAAGUCCCUUCUGUGAGGAUGACUUGGCCAUCUCUGAGACCUUCACUUGCUGUGUUUUUUUCCCUCAGGUUGCCCCCUGUGCCUCCCUGCUUCUCCAUCUCUAUGACUCUUUGUAGCCUUUCCAGCUAUUUGGGGGUUUGGGUAUUUGUUUCUCAUUGUGUUAGAUGAAUUCUUGAAGUGGGCAUGGAGCUCUGCUGUGCUGUCAGCAGGGUUUCCUGUGGGCCUUCACCCUCUCCUCCUCAGCCCUGUACACUGAGCACCUAAUCCCGUGGAUCAGUGGGGUUGCUGACAGUGAUCUCUGAGACUAUGAAACAGAGACGGACUUGAGGACUUUCGGUGUCAGGUGUGGACAAACAGCCAGGUUCUAUCCCUUAAGUCAAAGACAAGGCAUUUAGCAAUAAAAACUUGAAAUAAACAGUAUCGUGAUAAAGUAAA